UCUCUGGGAGAGAUUCCUUCACUCUUUCCCGAUGUCCCGAUCAACUCCGCCUUUCUCUCCCUCUUCAUUCUCGGCGCGAUUGCGCAUUACGCUCUUUUCCACUACAACCUGAGGAGAUCACUGAAAUUCCUGUUCAGCGCUGCGACAUCCGCCUUUUGCAUAACCCGGAUCAUCGCAACGAUUCUACGUAUGGCGUGGGCAGGCAGUCCGGAUCGCAUCACCCUCGCCAUCGCCACAGAGAUCUUCAUCUACGCUGGUAGUGCCAUUCUCAUCAUCACCAACCUCUUCUGGACUGUUCGCUUCGUUCGUGCACAACAUCCACACUUUGGUUGGUCGAAGUCAUUCUCUUCCUGGCUCCCACUCUGGCUCGUCAUUUGCAGCAUCGCUCUUCUCUGCCUAAUGGUCAGCAUUCCCGCUGAAGCCUAUCUUCUGGACCCACACGCUCAAAAAGCCGCCCGACAACUCCAACUCUUCGGCGCCGCUAUCUUCGCCGUCUCAGCCCUCCUCCCGAUCCUAAUCCUAACCAUUUCCGCCAUCGCAAAGACGCACCCUAGCCUCAAAGACCUGCCAUCCGACCACUUCGGUCAAAGCACUCUAACCCACAAAUUGCUCCUCAUCCUCACCACCUCAAUCCUCCUCUCCAUCGGCGCCGUCUUCCGCGCCGCCACAAUCUUCAUCGACCCACCCUCGACCUCUACAUCAACACCCUGGUACCUCACCCGCGCGCCCUUCUACAUCUUCAACUUCACCCUCGACUUCCUCCUCACCACCCUCUUCCUCCUCCUCCGCGUGGACAAACACCUCCUCAUCCCCAACGCCGCCCACGGCCCCAUGUCCUACGGCGUA